AAAGCAAUUAUUCUUUGUAUUAUUAUUUAGGUCUAUAUGUACUGUGUUCUACCUUAAUUGAAGACGUAUUUCAACUUCAUUAUCACGAUGGUUCGUUUUCAAACUAUGACGUCAGAAGAAUAUAAAGCAAAGCACGAAAACUUCAAAAUAAUUUAUGCAUUUCAUCCUACACCCUUUGGAAAUUGUUUAAUUGGGAUCACCAACAUCGAUAAAGCUGUAAUACAUUUAACGUUCGUUAGUAAAACUAAUAUAGAAGCGUUCAACGAAUUAAAGGAUAAUUGGCCGCUUUCUGAAUUGAUUGAAGACACUACGAAUGAAACGGACGAAAUUAUGGAAAAAAUCUUUUCUGAACCCGUACUUACGAAUGAUUCAAUUUUGGUACUUUUAAAGGGUACAGAGUUCCAAAUAACAGUUUGGAAAGCUUUGACGCUUAUUUUAGAAGGUACAACUAUUACUUAUGCAGAAGUUGCUUCGAAGAUAGGCAAACCAAAAGCAGUCCGCGCUGUUGGAAAUGCGGUAAUGAAGAAUAAUAUUGCGUAUUUGGUGCCGUGUCAUCGGGUGGUAGGAAAAUCUAGCAAUAAAUACAAAUGGGGAACAAAAAUUAAAGAAAAUAUUUUGGCACAUGAAUGUAAAUACGCAAAUACUUAA